UCGUCUAGCGAGGAGGACUGUUCUCUCUCUCUCUCUCUCUCUGCGCACCUAUAGAGAUAGUCCGAUAUCGGUCUCUCUCUCUCGUGUGUUUCUCCUAUAUAUACUAUAAUCUUACAUACGUAUAUGUGAAAUCGUGCGCGACGCGCAGAGCCGAGCAGCAGCAGCAGACGCGCGCCGAUCUUCGUCGAGCAGCGACGAAUCGACGAGCACCGAUAUAUUAAUACGAGUGCGGUUAUUAUAGUUAUAAGUAAUUUGGAAUUUUUUUCACACGAGUAUCGGGGAAAACGGAUUAUUUCAUAUCGGUGCACGCGAGCGGUGCAAGAUGGACAGCAAGCAGAGGUCGAAGAAGGAAAAUCCGGCCGACAAAGCCAAUAUAUUCGGUCAAAUAUUUCUUUGGUACACCAAAGAUAUAUUUUGGAAGAAGAACAUCACCACGGAAGACAUCUACGAUCCGUGCAAGUCCGACGAGUCCGAGAAGCUCGGCAACCGAUUGGAGCAAGAAUGGAACAAGGAACUGGAGAAGCGCCGGGAGCUCGAGUACGCCCUCAACAACGAGGGCAAGAAGAUCGGCAAGAAGCACGCCAAGCCCAGCCUCACCCGGGCCCUGGUGCGCAUGUUCUUCUGGCAGAACGCCGGCCUCGGCGUCAUGAUGGCCCUCAACUUCUGGUUCUUCAUCGUCGCGACGCCCAUCUUUCAGGGCUGGGUGAUCGAUCACUUCAAGCGCCAGGACAUGUCGGAGAUCGCCCUGGAGCGGGCCAACGUGCUCCUCUAUGCGGCUCUGAUGAUAAUCGCCAAGGCGGCCAAUAUCGGCCUCAUGCAUCACUCGUUCCGAGUGGCCUGGCUCAUGGGCAUGAGAGCUAGGGUCGCCUGUUGCACCUUGAUGUACAGGAAGGCUCUUCGAUUGAAAAAAUCGGCACUGGGACAGGCAGCCGCCGGCCAGGUGGUGAAUCUGAUGAGCAACGACGUGGGCCGAUUCGACAUGUUCUUUCACUUUUUGAAUUUCGUCUGGAUCACGCCGGUUCAGAUCGCGCUGAUCGUCUACAUGAUGUGGAGCAGCAUCGGCGUGCUGCUGCUGGCCGGUAUCGCCAUUCUGGUGCUGGUGGCGGUGCCGCUCCAGGCGGUGGUCAUCUACACGAGCAAGAUCCUGCGAGCCAAGAUAGCCGUGCUCACGGACAAGAGGGUGCAGCUCAUGAGCGAGCUCAUCGCCGGCAUACAGAUCGUCAAGAUGUACGCCUGGGAGAAACCCUUCGAGCUCAUGGUCAACAAGACUCGCCUGGCCGAGAUGCGCAAGAUCACCACGACGGCCCACGUGCGCAGCCUCUUCAUCAGCUCGAUGGUCUACACGGAGCGCACCACCCUCUUCGUGACCCUCGUCCUCUUCGUGCUGGUCGCGGGCCGCCAACUGACCGCCGAGACGUCCUUCGUCCUGGCCACGUACAUCAACGUACUGCAGCUGUCCAUCAUCUACAUGAUGCCCAGCGGUCUGAUCGCGGCUGGCGAGGCCUCCGUGUCCAUAAAGCGUAUCGAGGACUACAUGCUUCUGGACGAGGUGAGCACUUCCAAGCUCAAGGAGAUGCAGCAGCAGCCCAAGACGAAGAGGAGCAAGAACAACUGCUACACCAACGACAUCGCCCUGGAGGAGCACGUCUUCGAUCUGUCGAAAACGCGCAGCAUCGUCAACAACAACGACGCGGCGGCCGAUCGGCCCGUCAAGGUCAGCUUCCGCGAGGUGUUCGCCAGCUGGAUCCCGGACAGGAUGCCGCCCACCCUCAGCGACCUGAGCUUCGAGGUCGAGGCCGGCAGUCUCUGCGCCCUGGCCGGUAGCGUCGGCUCGGGCAAAUCCGCCGUGCUCAAUCUCCUCCUUCGCGAGCUGCCCGUCGGCUCGGGCUCCGUGGCCCUGUCGACCUCCGAGAACCACGAGGAUCUGCUGCGCAAGCCCGGCUUCAACACGGACCUGGCCGAGCUCCGCGUCUCGUACGCCAGUCAGGACGCCUGGCUGUUCGCCGGCUCGGUGCGCGACAACAUUCUGUUCGGCCAGCCCUACGAGGCCGAUCGGUACGCCCGAGUCUGCGAGGCCUGCGCCCUGCGCCGCGACUUCGAGCAGCUGCCCCGCGGCGACUCGACGGUGGUGGGCGAGCGAGGCGCCUCCCUGUCCGGAGGCCAACGCGCCCGAGUCAAUCUCGCGCGGGCCUGCUACCGGCGCGCCAAUCUCUACCUGCUGGACGACCCGCUGAGCGCCGUCGAUCCCAAGGUGGCGCGACACAUCUUCGAGCGCUGUGUCGAGGGCUUCCUCAAGGGCAGCACGAGGAUCCUCGUGACGCAUCAGCUGCAGUUUCUGCGCAAGGCCGACACCAUUCUCUACAUCAACAAGGGCAAGAUCAAGUACAGCGGCACCUACAACAACAUAACGAAUCUCAAUCCGGACGUGAUGAAGCUGCUGGGCAGGAAAGAAAACAGCAAGACGGACGAGGAAGGAAAAAAGAUCAUCGAGAAGACGGACUCGUUGAUCAGCAAUCAGUCCGACGACUCGCUAGACGUAAUGGUGGGCGAGGAAGACGGCCCAAUCAACGGCGAGGACGACGCCGCCGAGGAGGAGAACGUCGAUCGCGAGUACAACAACUUCCAGGUCUUCAAGUCGUACUUCCGGGCGGGCGCCUCCUGGUGCUUGAUCGGCUUCUACAUGCUGGUGCUGAUCGUCACUCAGAUCGCGACGAGCGGCACCGAUCUCUGGCUCGGCUUCUGGACGAAUCUCGAGGAGAAGCGCCAGUACGAGCAGCUGAGAAGGAACGGAAGCGAGAUCGCCGACAACCAGACAUUUAUCGAGACUACGACGACGAUGAUCGGUAGUAACGCUACGAACCGAUCUCUCGUGGGCGACGUCGUGGACGAGAUCGAGGAUUUCGCGAGCUCGCUGAACGACGAGUACGGCAUUAUGUCGACCUACAACGCCAUCUACAUCUACGUGAUACUGCUCGUGGUCACGACGAUUCUCUGCGUGCUGAGGAAUUACCUCGUGAUCCGGAUAUGCAUGAGGGCCAGCCGCAACUUCCAUCGCGGCAUGUUCUCCAAGCUGCUGCACACCAAGAUGUCGUUCUUCCAUAAAAACGCAUCGGGACGGAUAUUGAACCGAUUCUCCAAGGACACGGGCGCCAUGGACGAGCUGCUGUCGCGCAACUUCGUCGAGGCCAUACAGAUAUUCUCCGUGCUGAUCGGUAUCUCGGUCGUCAUCGUCGUCGUCAACGUGCCCAUGAUCGUGCCCCUCGCCAUAAUCCUCCUCAUCUUCUGGCCCACCUCGCACAUCUACCUCAAGAAGACCAAUCAGAUUCGUCGGCUCGAGACGGCCGCGAAGUCACCCGUACUCUCGCACCUCAACGCCACCAUGAACGGCCUCACCACCAUACGCAGCUCGGGGCCCGAGGUCGAGCGUCUGCUCGUGCGCGAGUUCGAUCGCUUUCAGGACGAGCACACGGGCGCCUGGUAUCAGACCAUCGCCACACAGACCGUCUUCGGCAUGUUUCUCGAUCUGCUGUUUCUCAUACUGAACGCCAGCGUCGCGUUCAGCUUCAUACUGAGGAACGACGGCACGACCAAGAGCAGCGACGUCGGUCUGGCACUGUCCCAGGCCAUGAUACUGUGCGGCAUGGUGCAGUACGGCUUCAGGCUGUACGUCGACUUCAUCGGCCAGCUGACCUCCGUGGAGAGGAUACUGCAGUACUUCCGGCUGCCCGAGGAGCACCCGCUGGAGACGGACAAGGCGCUGCCGCCAAACUGGCCGACGCAGGGCAACAUCGUGCUGCGGAACGUGACGAUGCGUUACUCGGACAACGCGCCACCGGCGCUGAAAAAUCUCGAGGCACGGAUCGAGGCCGGCUGGAAGUUGGGCAUCGUCGGGCGCACUGGUGCCGGCAAAUCCUCGAUAAUAUCGGCCCUGUUCCGGCUGGCCGAUCGACUGGACGGCCUGAUCGCCAUCGACGGCGUCGACACGGCCGAGGUCGGUCUCCAGCUGUUGCGCAGCCGCAUCUCCAUCAUACCCCAGGAGCCGGUGUUGUUCAGCCAGAGCCUGCGCUACAAUCUCGAUCCGUUCGGCCAGCACGAGGACGCCGCCCUGGCGGAGGCGCUGCGCGAGGUCGAGCUCGGCGAGCUGAGCCUCGACCAGCAGGUCGCCGAGAAGGGCGGCAAUUUCAGCGUGGGCCAGCGACAGCUCAUCUGUCUGGCGCGUGCCAUCGUGAGGCAGAACAAGAUACUGCUGCUGGACGAGGCCACCGCCAACAUCGAUACUCACACCGACGCCGUGAUCCAAUCGACUCUGCGCAAGCGUUUCGCCGACUGCACCGUGCUGACGGUGGCCCACCGGCUCAACACCAUCAUCGACAGCGAUCGCAUCUGCGUCAUGGACAACGGCUCGAUCGUGGAGUUCGGCCGGCCCUACGAGCUACUCACCCAGAAUCCCGACGGACACUUCGCCCGCAUGGUCGGCCAGACCGGCAAGGCGAUGGCCCAGCGACUGCUGGAGCAGGCCGAGGACGCCUACUUCAAGAGCAUGCAGGAACAACAGCAGCAGCAGCCGUCGUCGGGCAUUCCCGAGAUUAGUCGAUUGUAAUUUUUUUUUUUUUAUUUCGUAGAUAGCUAGACUGUAAGACAACCAAAGUAUUAUUGUAUCGUGUGCGUCGAGUUGCGAUAUAGUAUUUUUGCGCGAAAGUCUCUCGAGGUCUCUCGACUGGAUUGAUUCGUUUUUUUUUUGGUUUUGUUUUGUCGCUGGCGAUCCAUCAAUUUUGCGACGGAAUCUUAAAAAAAGAAGACAAUCCAGUCGUCGACAAGUGUACAAAUGAUAUUUUAAUUAUUUUCGAGAUGAGAAAAAAAUUGUAAAUAAUUCUAGUUUGAUAAGUUCAUAGUGCAAAGACAGUAAUAUAUUCAAGUAUAUUAUGAAGUGCAUUCGAUAUUUGAACGCGCUACACUUAUUAUGUAAUGUCAACGUUUGCCGUAUCAUCGUGAUUUUUGUAAAGAGCAAAUAUUUUUAUGGAUGCAUGACUAUUUCUGUGGAAUGCCCAAAAGUUUCUUUACUUAAAAGAUAGAUAAAGCUUCUAUCUAUAAUAUAUUGUUACAAUAUUGACGAAAUGGUCUCAAAUUGAAAAAUGAUUAUGAAUUAUUUAUUAUUGCGUCGUAUAUGUGAUAUACCAAAAAAAAUAAUCAACUGUUUACUUCGCUUUCUUUGCAAUUACGAUUCUCUGCCUGUAAUAAAUCUAUAUUCUAACGAGAGAAACAUAAAUGUAAUUCUUAAAUAAACAAUAUAUAAAGUUAA